AUGGCUGGCUCACAGAUGGAGCUAUUGGUAAAUAACUGGGAGGCCAAGUUUCUAGCCACCUUUGAUGAAAUCUGCAUAGCAGUUUGUAGACGGAUCGAAGCCCUCACAAAGCUGCCACAACCACUCACAACAUCUGAUAUACAGCCACCUGAAGCAACUGGCCCCACAGACUGUCUUGAAUCUGGGUUGGAGACCUGGCUGGCACAAAGCCCCCACUCAUUAGCACAUCUUGUCACACUGUUGCCCUGGUCACUCAUCCCUCUUCUGAGCUGGUUGCCCAUCUGGAAGUUUCUUUCCUCCUCUGUCCCUACACCAAGGGCCCAUGAGCCUGAUAAGGAUAUCAAUAUAUACAAG